UUUGAAGUAGAUUUUGAUACGUGAAAAGCUUUUCCCAGUUUCAGGCAUGAAAAUUGCAGUGUGCUUUUUUGCCUUAGCCAUUGCGUACGCAUGCGCAGCACGUUGCAAGCAGACGUCAGACUGUGACCCAAUUGUGACGUCAUGCAGGGGAGGCUCCAUCCUGCACUGUAUGGACUUUCAGUGUGUCUGCGAUUCCCUGGCUGGCGUUGAGCUUCACGAAUGCACGGUCAACACUGAUUGCCACGACCACAUCCACGACGGGUUCUUUCACCAAUGCGCACACAACGGCUGGCAGUGCAUAAACUAUGACUGUCAGUGCACCAGCGGGCAUGGAAAUUAAUCCAGUUGCCAUAACCAUUGGGAAUUAAUCCAGCUGCAGCACCCAUUUGGAAUUAAUCCAGCUAACCAUUUUUUAUGAAUGUGUUAUGCUUUGUAUCGAAAUAAUAAAAUUAUCAAUUCA